AAGUGCUUGGGAAAUCGGGCGCGCGGUCUUUUGGCGAUUUGGCGGGAGGAAGAGAUUGCCUAUGUUGCUGGAUUUUUUCUCAAGGAUAUUCGAAAUUUAAAAGGUAAAGUCGAUGUAUUUUGCUUUGUAUAUCGUGCUUCUACUGCCACAUCUAUGUUAUAACCGGGAAUAAACUACAUUUGCAUCCAUACAUGAAUGUGCACGCGUGUCGCGUGCGUAUGAUAGUGAUCCAGCUGAAAAAAGCCUUGUUGAAAAAUUUAAGUGGUGUUAAGUCAGCAAAAUAUGUAGUUAUGCAAUGUUAAAAUGCUAAUUUAUUGGUAUUUGGCAGAAGUAGCUCAAUAUUAAUUGCUUGAGUAAUUUAUACUUCCUCUGGCGCUAUAUUGACAUAUUGAGCGUAAUACCCGUACAUGUACCAGUGAUUUUGACAGGGGUAGGGUGGGGCCUUUAUUUUAUAUGCGUUACUGUCAUUUUUUUCUGUUUUGUUUUGUCAUGUUUUCAUAUACAAGGUUGUUUUGUUUAUAAUAAUUUAUGAUGAUACAGCUGUACAAUGUAAGCUGAGUCCAAAGGUCAAAAAUGCUAAAAUGUGCCACAUGUGUAUUUAUAAUGUCCUUAAAGAUAAUGGCAACACAAAUAACACAAUUCAUUUAAUUUCACAAUAUUUUCAAUAAAGGUAGAAUUGCCAGUUAUUUUUAGUGGGUUUAGUGACUUUUUUGUACAUUUGUUUCAGAUUUUUCCUUGAGUGGUACAGGAGUUAUUUCCAAUGUUCUUGAAAUUGAGUUGCAUCACCUGAACUCUCCAAAAGAUAAAGAGGUCAAUGAAAUACAGGUUCAACAUGGGGAAGCU